AUGUUGGAGGCGGUCGACGAUCCCUACACGGAGUUCGUAGACCAGGACGGAAUCGACAAACUGAACGACAUGACCACCGGUGAGUUCGGUGGUGUGGGCCUGUACAUCGACACCGUCGACGACGGCGUGCUGGUCAUCGAACCGUUCCCCGGAUCGCCGGCGCACGCCGCCGGAAUCAUCGCCGGCGAUCUGAUCGUGGCAAUCGACGGCACCCAGGCCGGCGGCCUGAACGAAGCCGGCGUAGUGUCGCGCCUGCGCGGCUCGCCCGGGACGGAUGUCCACGUCUCGCUGGUCCGCGCCGGCAGCGAGACCUUGGACGUCACCGUCACGCGCGAUCUGAUCGAGGUCCCCACCGUGCGGCACGCGCUGAUCGAACCCGAAAUCGGCUACCUGCGGGUCAGUCCUCAAUUCACCAGCAAGACCCCGGAUCGGAUUCGCGAGGCGCUGAGCGACCUUGCAGGGCCGCUCGCGAUCGCUGAUCCUCGAUCUGCGCGGCAACCGCGGCGGCCUGCUUUCCGCCGUCGUCGAGAUCGCCGAUCUGUUUCUGGAUUCGGGCACGAUCGUGCAGACCCGCUCGCGCAUGGAGAGCGAGAACCGGGACUACACCGCGACGCGCCGCGCCACGGUGAUCGACCCCGACCUGCCCAUCGUCGUGUCUGA